AACUGUAUCUUCUACUCCACAUCAUGCGUCACCGUCCCAUGCCUUAAGAUGGCAUAAGGUGCAGAAUUUGCUUGCUGAUUUUAAGAUUUUUGCCUAAAAGUUGACGUGGGUUUCUACCUUUGGCUCUGUAAAAAUGAUUAUAUCGUGACAGGGGAUUUUAGAUCCAAUCCCUUACUUGUUAAGGAGCAAACUUUUUGUCCUUUGUGUUUGCAAAUUCCAAAGUUAAUGUCACAAAGAAAUGCCCGUUGACGUUGACGGUCUUCCCAAUAGAAUCUAUUGGGAGCUCCUCCGUCGCCGGGCGGUCUCAUAUUCCAUCGCCUUGUGGAGCAGCGUUGCUGCCUUUACCAUUUGGGACUGGCCAUGAGACAUACAUUAGAUUUUUCCUCUUUUGUUUUAGUGUUUGAAUGUUGCCGAUGGUAGAUUGUAAAACAAAAUACCAUCUUUCGGGACUGAAUGGCUUAUUUCUGCCUUGCUUUAUCUUCAAACAUUCUGAAGAAACUGUAGUUGAUUUCUUGAAGUUGAUCUUCUGUCUUUUAAAGCACAAGCACAAAUGGCAAACAUAGCCUUUUCCUUUUGGUUUAUUUGUGGACAUAUUUUUAUACCAAAUUGACUAAAAAUGGGAGAUUUCUUCUUCACAUUUUGUUUCAUUUGAAUUGCCUUUAUUUUCUUAAAUAGAAAAGGUUCAAUUAUCAUGUUCGAAUUUUUUUAUAUUCCCAAAAGUGCCAUGCGAGAUAUCAACAAAAUGAUGCGGAGAUUUUGGUUUGUUGAGGACAUCCAGAAGAAGAGAAUAGAAUUCAUUGUGUCGAUUGAGCGAGUAUGGGCAAAGACAGAUAUUGGAGGUCUCGGGUUCAGGGAUGCACAACACGAGGAGAUCAUAUGCUGGUGGGUUUGUAGAGGAUGACCAACAAAGGAAACUUGCUCUUCCAAAACCAAAAUUACCAAACGGGCAGUGCCCAUCUGGAUUUCUUGAUUAUGCAGUAAACAUGAUCAAUUUGGAAGGGAGAAAUUUAUCUUAUCUCACUGCCAGUGGAUAUGGUUUACGAGAGACAUUAUUCUAUGGACUCUUUUCUCGUCUGCAAAUAUACAGAACCCGAAGUGAGAUGCUACUUGCUCUCUCAUGCAUAACUGAUGGAGUACUAUCUUUAGAUGGUGGGAUGAUCAAGAAAUCUGGUGUAUUUGCCUUGGUAGCAGGAAAGAUAUAGAGGUAAAGUUUCCUAUAGCCUCUGUGAGAUCUAAUGCACCUGCGAACUACAUCCAAACUGAAGAUAUGAUCAGGAUGCUAGAAUGGGAAAGAUCUAAAAUUGCUGAGGACAUGGAAAGAGAAGAACAAUUGUACAAUACAAUGUCCUCUGUUAUAAUUUUCCUUCAGAAAGUUGAGCCAAUGUGAUGUGCUUACACCUUUCAUGGCAUCUUGGCAAAGUAGAAUGAAGUCAUGAGAUUUGCCUCUAUUAUUGGCAUAGUUUUGUUUGUUGACUAGAGGGGAUAUUACUGGAACCUCUUGUAAGCUAAACUUAAAUUAGUUUAUUUGACUUUAGCUGGUCUCUCUCAAACUUGGAGAUUUGGAAUUAUUAACAUGAUUUCGUUUCAGAGGAAGUUUAUGUUUUUUGAUCAACAUGUAUGUAAUUUUGUAACUUUUCUGUUGAAUAGAGCUCCGCAGAGUGCGUUUUGUUUUAAUUGUGAAGCUCUUUACUUUUUCUAGC